AUGGAGAUCGUCCUGUCCCCGCUGCGGAUUCUGGUGCCCAUCUUUCCGGAGAGGCAGCCAUUCGGACCCCUUGCGGUGGAGGACAUCGCGUUCUCACUGUUCGUGGCAACCUUGAUCUGCUCCUCUGCGGGCUACUUCCUCACGAGGUCGUCACCACUUCUGCUGGUGAGGCUCCUCCACAGAUUAGCCCCAAGGCUAGAGCUCCGGGACGAAGUUUGGGAGGAGCCUCUUCCCGGCAAGGAAAUCUCGCUUGGGCACGAAGCCGCCGAAGAGGGUUCCUCCACAGAGAAGCGGAAGCUCCUGCGGAAGAGAACCGGGCCGGAGCUUCUCUUCAUUGUGGUUCACAAUGGAGUGGUCGCCACUUUGGCACUUCUCGCGUGGGUCUUUGGCGCCCCAUCGCUCGCUCUGCACGCGUUCUGUCUGGAAGUUUCUUACGAGAUCUUCGACAGUUUUAGCCUUGGCUUCCAGAGGAUGGAGCCAGAGACGCUGAUCCAUCACCUGGUCAGCCCGAUCUGCGUGUUGUGUUCGACGCAGACGGAUGUGGACUUCCGGGUGCUGUGCCAACUUUGCAUCUGCAUCGAUGCGUCGGGCGCCAUCUUGGGGAUGUGCAAAUUUCUGCUGCGCUUCUCGCAUUUGUCGGCGUCCAACAUCUACAAGCGUCUCACAUUGGUGUACCUGGUCCUCAGAGUCAUCCUUCCAGUGAUUGACACCGUGAUCAUCGUGUGGCGCGAGCUGUCGGUGAAGGGAGGCUUCUUCUCCAGAAUGCAGCUGCAAACAGCUAACACCAAUCCCUUUUCGAGGACCGAUUGGAUGCAGCUCUACUUCUGGUCCAUGGCCGUCAUGAACGCGUUCAACGCGUACUUCUUCCUCGUCGUGAGAGCGCGUGCCAGACUUCCAGCACAGGUUGUGGCAAGCUGGGAAGCACGAAGCUGA